CACGUAAAGCACAGACGAACGUAGGAAAAUAGUAGCAACGCAGCAGGGAAGGGACGGGCAGUCUUCUAAAAUUCUGAUCUGUCGCCAAAAAGGAAAAUAAAUUUCUGCGUUCCCUUUCGAAGCAACAAAAAUGGCUAUGGCAUUGACAAGAGCAUCGUGCUGUUCUCUUGCAAGACAAAGAAACCCCCUCCGUUCUAUUUUCCUUCGAAACCCUCAUCAUCAACGCAUCAGAUUUCGUCAUCCUCUCCAAAGCUUCAAAUCGUAUCCAGCUGGAUUUCAACAUCGAGUUCGGGCAAUACAUGAGGCAACCGUCGAGCCUAUAACUAGCAACAAACAAAACGAGCCUCAGCCUCAGAAUUGGAACAUUAAAAUGCUUUACGAUGGAGAUUGCCCUCUUUGCAUGCGUGAGGUUAAUAUGCUAAGAGAGAGGAAUGAAAGCUAUGGCACCAUAAAGUUUGUUGACAUAAGCUCAGAUGAGUACUCACCGGAGGAGAAUCAAGGCCUGGACUACAAAACUGUUAUGGGAAGAAUCCAUGCAAUCCUUUCUGAUGGAACUGUGGUCACGGAUGUUGAAGCAUUCCGAAAGUUAUAUGAAGAAGUUGGUCUUGGAUGGGUUUAUGCUGUUACCAAAUAUGAACCUAUUGCUACAAUAGCUGAUGCUAUAUAUAGUGUUUGGGCUAAAUAUCGUCUGCAAGUUACAGGCCGACCACCUUUGGAGGAAAUCUUGGACACUCGAAAGAAGAAGGAUGAAAUAUGCAAUAACAACAAUGCUUGUAAGAUGUGAACUUUGUUCAAAGGUGCCAGUGAUCAGGAUUUUGAUAGAAUAUUUCAUAUUCAUGUAAAUGCUUAUUGUGUCAUCUUCUGAAUCUGGCCUUCAUUUAAUCUCAUAGCAACACUAGCCAAAACCUAAGACGAAUGUGUCGGAUGAAUACUUUCUACUUCUGCUUCUACAAGCUUCAUUACACAGAUGCUGCCAUUGUAAAUUUUGAAACUUUUGUUUGUGUUUUGUAUACAGAGCAUCAACACUUUGCAAGCA